CAAAGCAGGCAUGUUAGAAUGACAGAGCUGAGUCCUGUUCCAUGUUUAUUUGUAUUUAUUCUCGGGUGUGCGUUUUUGUUAACCAACUACAAAGCUUAUGUUGUUUAUAAAUAUAGUUCUCACUGUUCCAUAUGGGAAGCAAAACUAAGCGUCCGGAAAUUGUGCGAUUCUUUCAAGAACGAUGAAAUAAUCGGUGACUUUUGUUCCCCAUUGUGUUUCACCGAUGACAUCACAAUUGAAAACUGCAUUCGCCAUAACGACGAGGAAAUAAAAUAUUUAGUUAGGAAUUCCAGAACUGGUGACGUGUACGUGCUGUCUUCUGAAAACAAUGGUGUGACGUCAGAAACUGAGCAUAAGAAGCUAUUCAACCAUGCAAUGUUUCUCUCAAGCGGGGACUCCCGGAUAGUAAAAUCGAUCAAAUCGUAUAAUUUGUUAUCAAAUUUUGAUCCAAGCUUGACUAUUCCAGAACUGCGCACUGUGAUUUCAUUAUUACGCCAGAACAAAUUCUUCAAACUGAUGACGUCAUCUAAAAACGUCAGCAUUGGUAACAACGUCACUUUGAUGACGUCAUUAACCAAUGGCAAGUAUUUUCCCGACAUCGCUGGAACUUGUGGAAAUUAUUACGUUACAGAACAUGUACUUCCGCUUACUCAAUCGAAUUCGACAAGGGGAAAUCACCACGAGGUACUUCAACUUGCAAAAAAACUCGACGAGUCUGGAGUGCAUGCUUGUGACGUCACAAUGUCGAACGUUGGAGUGAACAGAAGGGGAAACGCGGUGAUGACAAAUCAAAACAGAGUUUUCACAAAAGAGGUACUUGGAGUUUUGUUCAGCGCCAUACCUUGCGUCAGUGAUUAUGACUGCACAAUGUUGCAUUGUACAGGUGUAUGUGACGUCACGUCUGGGUAUUGUAACAAAUACAAGUUUGACUCAAACGUGAAAGUCUUUCAGCGAACGAUAAUUUCGGAGUUAUCCGUCGACCGUGACUUUCAAACUAUAUGCAACAACGGCAUUUGUGACGACACAAGAUAUUUACCGAAAUUAUAACAAUAUUGAAAAUUUUUGAUGUUGUACUGUGGGGAAAGGUGGGACACCUUUAGCACAUAAUAUUUGAAUAUCCUGUUUGUGUUUUAAACAAUUACCAACGGUAAAAGUUUAUAUUUCUUUGAAUGUUCUUUGUUUAGUACCAAGUGUAACUUGAAAAUAAAAUGAAUAGUUGUCCCAUCUUCCCCCAUCGUACUAUACAAUGCUCUUUUAAAAUACAAACCAAUAUUUAGGUGCUUAUGCUAUUAAAAUAAAUUUCGCAUUGA